GCAGAUCCGGAACUUGAGUUUUUCAGCGCUUGUGGGCGUGGAAGGCCGCAGCUGUACCUCAGUGCUUGUGGGCUUGGUAGGCUGCAGUGGAAUUUCAGUGCGUGUGGGCUUGGGACGCCUCAGUGGAAUCUCGGUGCGUGUGGGUUUGGAAGGCCUCAGUGGUACAUCAGUGCUUGUGGGCCUGGAGAGCCGCAGUGGUUACAAUAUUGUGGGUUUCUUGGCUGGUGGCGACUGGCAAGGGACCUGGCUGGAGAGUAUUUACCCUUUGGCCGAGCAAGUGGAGCAAUGGCACAAGGAUCUCAAGAUGGAGCCCAAGCUUGAGCAAGCUUUUGGGUCUGUGUUCGGGAAGGUUUUGACUGCUACCCAACGGGCGGCCGAAGCUGCAGAGAAGCAGGCGACGGCCAACAAGGCGGAGGGCAUCACCAAGGCCUUGAAGCUCGAGGCCUGGAAGCCUAGCUCGCGAGAAGAUGAAUUGAAGACGUGGCGUGAAUGGAGUUUUCAGCUGAGUACGUGGCUGAUUGCUCACGACGAGGAGUAUGAAACCGACCUGGAGGCCAUUGAUGUGGACGUGGCCGUUGACCACGCUUUGCUGGAUGGGCCGGCUGUGGCGAGGUCGCAGAAGCUUUUUGGUGUGCUUUGCAAUGUGCUGCGAAACAGGCCCUUGCUUGUUGUCCGGGCCCAGGAGAAGGAGAAAAACGGCUUUGAGUGCAUUCGCUUGCUGCGCCGGGAGAUGGAGCCGAAGGAGCGAUCGCGCUCUUUGGCAAUUGUCCGCCAGUUGGCGGCAUGGACUUUCAAGGAGGGAAACCUCCACGAGCAAAUCAUAGCCUAUGAGGACGCGGUCAAGGGCUAUGAGAGCUCCUCGGGCAAGUCGUACCCUGAGGACCUCCAGAUCGCAACGAUCACAAGCGGUCUCAAGGAGCCUCUUCGAAGCCAGGUGCAGCUGCGGAUGACAAGCAGCACGCGCUACUCUGAUUUGAGGGAAUGGGUGCUGCACUACGAGGCCAUCAAUACCCCUUGGUCCUCCUCGUUGCCUACCCGACCUGGCGGCAGGGCCCAGGACCACGGGCCGGCACCCAUGGAUAUCGACCGCAUCAAGGGCAACAAGGGCAAGGACCCCAAAGGCAAGGGGAAGGGCGACAAGGGCAAGAAGGGCAAGGGCAAGGACAGCAAGCAAGACAGCGGCAAAGGCAAGUGGAACAGCCAGGCCGACCAGUGGAAGUGGGGCGGCCAGGCUGACCAAUGGAAGUGGAACAGCCAGGGUGACCAGUGGAAGUGGAGCAGCUGGAAGCAGAAGGACCACGGCAACCAGCCGAAAGGGGGAAAGGGCGGCAAAGGUGGAGAAAAGGGAAAGCCUGGAACUUGCCACCUGUGCGUCCAAUGCCCAAACAAAGGUGGCAGAGGAGUUCGGCAAGUGGAGGAGGCCAGCAACCUUGGAGGCAGCUGGAACUCCAACCAGAGCAGCGCCUCAACGAGCGCGAGUGCUGUCCGAACCCCCUCGACGGUGAACCAGGUCUCCACAGUCAGGUUUGAGGACCUAGGCACCCGGUUGGGGACGACCCCCAGCGGCUACGACACGGUGAUCUAUGACAUGACGGAGCUUGACAGCGACCCGGGCGACUUCAGCCUGGAAGGCCUCAACAUUAUGAUGGUGAAGGUGGCCCGGGACCCAGAGCGGUACUCCCUCGACAGCUCAGAUGGAGACGACGAGUGGACAUACAGCCCAGAGGCUGCCGAGGAAGAGCUGAGAAGCAGGGGAGCUGGAGUUUUCAUGGUGAAGGCGGCCCGUGCGGAUGCAGCUCAGACCGCCAUUGUGGUGGACAGUGGUGCCGACAUCUCGGUAGCACCCCUUAGGUUCAGGCGGCAUGGCACGCCACAGCCGCCGUCCGGGGUACAGAUGCAGGAUGCCCAAGGAAAGCAGAUCGUUGACUGCACCCGGGCGCUCACCAGUACGACCCGGGACAAUGGCGGCAAUGAGGUGGUGAUCCGGGAGAAGUUUGCGAUUGCGGCCGUGAACUCGGUGAUCCUCUCCCUGGGCCGUCUCCUUCGCAGUGGCUGGGUUCUCGGGCACGGGCCAGAGGGUCCUACCAUUGCCCGUGGCGGAAAUCAGGUGCCUAUUUGGCUGAAGCGCAACACCCUCAUGCUCACGGCGGUGGUGUCGACGAUCCUGGCUUGUGACGCCGGGGCUCUUCCCCCUGAGGCUGAAGAUGCAGUGCAGCAGCCCGGCUGGGCAAUCCUGCCAUCAGGGCUUCCUCUCCUGACUAUCCACAACACCAAGAACGUCAGCCUGGAGACCUCUCUUUGGGAGGCCGACGAUUGGUCACACAUGGCAAUUUUCGUGAGGAAGGAACCGGCGAGCCGGAAGCCCCAGCCAGGUGACGUUUGGCUACAUGUCAUGUCGGGGCACACGCUGCUUUUCCCGAGUGGCGGGAAAACUCUGGCCGAGAUUGAGCCCGAGCUUGUUGACGCCCACGACGUGGCGGUGCUCUUCCAUGUGGAGGAGCUCGGGGAGAAUUUGCUUAGCAACCCGGGCGCUUUGUUCAAGGAGCCGCCCGCCGACGAGCCGAUGGUAGCCCCAGCAGACCAGCAGCAGGAUGAGGACGAUGGGCGCGGAGUUUGGGCCGAAAGGGACGUUGCAGGCCAAGGGCCGGAGGAGGACGAGCAUGACAUUAUGAUUGAUGAUGUGGAGCUGUCCCUUGAGACCCCUCUCCAUGUGCUCAAGGAGUUGUGUCGCAGAUUGGGUGUGGCAACCAGCGGCUCCAAAGCAAAAGUGCUCCGACGCCUGCGCACCCAGAAGGAGCUUCUUGCAAAGCAGCUGGCCACCGAGGUUGCAAAGAAGAUGUUCGACGAGGCGGAGCGCAGUCCGGACAUCCCGGUGGCACCUGUGCUUCCGAGCGCGAGGCAGCAAGCACUGCGUGCAGUGACGCACCAGCCGUUUGCAGCUUGGUGCCCGGCUUGUGUCCUUGGGCGCAGCCGCCAGAGCCCUCACAAGGACAAGCCGCCACCCAAGGAAAGCCCGGAGGUGAAGGAGGCAGAGCGCCGACCUGUCUUCCAGAUAGACUACUUUUACACCUUCACCAAAGAGCGCGGGGAAGAAGAGCAGCAGCCUGGAGGUGGAGAAGAAGCAGAGGAGACCGAGCCAGCCAGCAAAGAGGAGCAAGCAGCCGAGGCCGAGAAGCCCGACUACCGCGACCAGUUUGGGCUGAACUUGGUGGCUGGAGAGUCCACCUCUGGGUGGAUAACGGUGGUGCCUGUGUUGGCCAAGGGCAGCACGACUCUGAAGAGAGUUGCGGAAACAUUGGUCAGAACAACAAUGCAGAUUGCAGGUGCUGAAGAUGUGGUGCUCCAGUCCGACGCCGAGCCCGCAGCCAAACAAGUGGUGCACGCAGUGCAGGCGUGCAGGGUGAGGCUGGGCCUCCGAACAGAGCCUCGCUUUGUCCCUCGGGCCUCUCAUGCUUCGAAUGGUGUUGCAGAGACGGCGGUGAGCACAGUGAGGAGGCUGGCGCUUACUUUGAAGGCCCAUGUGGAGGACCGAGCGAAGAUUAAGCUGAGCGGCCAGAUGCCUCUCUUUAGCUGGAUAAUGGGCCCCGCGGCCUUCCUGCACAACCGCUUCUUCACCACAUGCAAGGGCCUUCCUCCAUACGAGGUGGUCCAUGGCCGGCGUUACCGCGGACAGCUUGUGCAGUUUGGUGAGUGCUGUGUUGGGUUUUGCCCCACCAAGUACAAGGGAGACUUGCAAUGGAGGAAAGGAGUGUGGGCCGGGAUCAAUGAGAAGAAUGGCAGCCACAUUCUUUUGAGUGACACCGGCGCCUUCGAGACGCGAUCCCUUCGUCGGCUACCGGAAGAAGGCCAAUGGGUGGCUGAACAAAUCGUCACCGCGAAGGGGCUCCCAUGGGACCAUGGUGGCAGCACAAGGCGCAAGAGGGCCUUGUACACCUCACGGGCGCCUGUGUUGCCGGACUCGACCACCCUGGAGGAGCUUGCCAAGGCGGCCGGCCGAGCCGCAGCGGAAACCAUUGCAGCAGCUACUCCUCGACCAGCUGGGCCCGAUGAAGCUGGGUCG